AUGGUGAACACUGGAAUGCAACUGAUUAGCUUCACGUGCGCGGUUACCGGUUGGAUCAUGGCGAUCGCGGUCACGGCUUUACCCCAGUGGAAGGUCUCCGCGUUCAUCGGCCCCAACCUCCUCACCUCCGAAAUCAAAUGGGAGGGCAUCUGGAUGAACUGCAUCUACCAAACCACGGGCCACAUGCAGUGCAAAACCUACGACUCCAUGCUAGCGCUGCCACCCGACAUUCAAGCCGCGAGGGCGUUAAUGUGCAUCGCUAUCUUCAUGGGGUGGCUUUCUUGCACCGUCUCGUGUUGUGGCAUGAAAUGUACGACGUGUGCGGGAGAUGACAGGCGUGCUAAAGCAGGAAUCGCAUUAUCCGGUGGUGUUUUGUUUAUUUUAACCGGAUUGUGCGUGCUAGUUCCUAUUUCGUGGACGGCAAACACGGUGGUACAAGAUUUCUACAACCCGAACGUCCCCGUGAUGCACAAACGCGAGCUGGGCCAGGCGAUUUACUUAGGAUGGGCUGCGGCGGUGAUUUUGAUGAUUAGCGGAGCGGUUCUUAGCAGUACGUGUCCCGCCAUAGAGAAAGGAGGCAGGUACAGGAGAGGCUACAUGGGCAGGAGUUUCGCUAAUUCGCCGGCGACAAUUCCAGACGUGCCCAAACCGAUCACGACCAACAGUGUACCGUUGAAAGAGUAUGUAUAGCAAACAGAAAAGUAGUUAAGUUGAUUUUGAUAUUUCUUAUGUUACAUUGGCCUGGUUAUCCAUCUGACUGUUUCAUAUAGUUUGCUUUGUUGGUGACCAAUCACAGCCCAGGAAGAGAGGUUAAUAGGCGGAGCAUAUGGAGCUCAACAGUCCCGCCCACUUUAAAGUCCACUCUGGCUCAUAUCUGGUUAGCCUCCAUGAUGCCUUUAAACCAUCCAUCCAUUUUCUUCCACUUAUCCGGGGCCGGGUCAAGGGGCAGCAGUCUAAGCAGGGACUCCCAGACUUCCUUCACCUCGAACACUUCCUCCAGCUCCUCUGGGGGGACCCCA